GCUCUCACACUGGAUCCCUUCUUAUAAGCAGGGCAGCCGUUGUCCCUAGCUUCACCUGAAUCCAUCAAGCUAGCAGCCGUUGUCACCUUCCUGACCUAUCUACAUCCUUGCUGGUUGCUGCUGCAAUGGCGGCUCGCUCUCUCCUCACCUUCCUUCUCUUCCUCAGCUCGCUCUUCCCAGCUGCAUUGUCGACGACGUUCACGCUGACCAACUCCUGCGCGUACACGGUGUGGCCGGGGCUGCUGUCGAGCGCGGGCACACCAACACUGGACACCACGGGCUUCGCGCUGGCGCCGGGGGAGUCCCGCGCCGUGGAGGCGCCCUCCGCGUGGUCGGGCCGCCUGUGGGCGCGCACCGGCUGCGGGUACGACUCCAACGGCCGUUUCUCCUGCGGCACCUGCGACUGCGGCUCGGGCGCCAUGGAGUGCUCCGGCGGCGGCGCGGCCCCGCCCUGCUCCCUCGCGGAGUUCACACUCGCCGGCUCCGGCGGCAACGACUUCUACGACGUGAGCCUCGUGGACGGCUACAACAUCGCGAUGGCCGUGCUCCCGCAGCUCGCCGACGGCGCCGCCGCCGCUGACGGGGCGGGGUGCGCGGCCACGGGGUGCAGCGCGGACCUGAACGGGCCGUGCCCGGCGGACCUGAGGGUUUCCGGCCCCGACGGCGCCGGCAUCGCCUGCAAGAGCGCGUGCGAGGCGUUCGGGAAGCCCGAGGACUGCUGCAGCGGGGACUUCGGGACCCCCGCGGCGUGCCGGCCGUCGGCGUCCUCCAUGUUCUUCAAGAACGCGUGUCCGCGCGCAUACAGCUACGCCUACGACGACGCCACGUCCACCUUCACCUGCGCCUCCGGCACCGCCAGCUACCUCCUCGUCUUCUGCCCCACCACCACCGCCAUCGCCAGCCUCAAGUCGACGGUGAGCGGCACGAGCUCGUCGCCGGCGCUGCCUGCCGUCAACAACACGGUCUCCAACCUCGGCCGCAGCCGCGACAGCGGCAGCGGGUGGCCGUAUGCGCCGAGCUCCAGCCACGCCUCGAUGUCCUCAGCGCCGAGCCCAAUCGCUCUCGCCGUGGUCACCGCCUUCACGUGGGACUUCAUCACCCGUCGCCACUGGCUGCCGCCGUCCUAGAGCGAACCCAGCAUCAGCAUGACCGGCGGCGCGUGCAUUCUGGCACCGCCCCACGGAAUCGCAGGCAACGUCGUGCUGGCCAGCAGCCGUGCGCACGUAACGCCAUGUGCCGCACCGGCCGACACCUUUGACCUCGGGCAGUCGGGCAGUAGUACGAGUUGUAUAGAUUGGUGUAUCGAGUGUGAUUCUGCAACCAAAGCGGCGAAAAAAUACUCAGAUUUUUAUAAUCAAGCCUCCAGAUUACGGCAA